AUGACUGUUAUGCCGAUGCGAAUAAGUGAAAUGGGCAGUCCGUCGGUAACCACAGAAAAUCGAAAUAUGAAAACUGUGACGUCGCGAAUUAGUAAUUUUAGCGUUGCAUCGUUAUUAGCAGAUACGCGAUCAAAGACACCGCCACCCUCAAGAAUUAUUGCAAAUCACAUUGCACUCUCAAAUAAUAAUAACAACAAUGAGAUUUGUCUCACGCCGAAGAAUCUGUCAAUAUCACAAGCAAGUUCGUGUUCACCAAACUCACAAAAUAAUGACAGCAGUAACUCGAUAAAGUGUCAUAAUGACAGUGAAUUAUUGGAUCAACGAUCUCACACGCCUCACAGUUCAAUUGCGUCAGAUGAUUACGAUGACUCGAUACAUGACGAGGACGAUGAAGAUGUUGAUAUUGAAGAUGUGAAUAGUGAAAAUAGUACAAACAGUCCUCAAAAGUCGUCAUCAUCAAUAGGAUUAUUACCUUCACAAUCAUUGGUCGGUGGAGCUGUUCCGAUUAGACCAACACCUUUCAGUGCAUUAGCUGCAGCAGCAGCUGCUUGGGGUGGCAUGAGUAAUGGUGUUGGUGGAUGGCCAGGACGACAAUUGCCACCUUUCGGUCCACCAGGACUCUUUCCUGGUCAAGGAUUUCCAAAUCAAAUCAAUGGAGGCAUGUCACUUGAUGGUCUUUAUCUAAUUCCAGACAAAGAACCGCUUCGAUUAAAAUGUCACUUAAGAAAACACAAACCGAAUAGAAAACCAAGAACUCCCUUCACCACCCAACAGUUGCUUUCACUCGAGAAAAAGUUCCGCGAGAAACAAUAUUUAAGUAUAGCAGAACGAGCAGAAUUUUCGUCUUCCCUUCGACUCACCGAGACACAAGUGAAGAUCUGGUUUCAAAAUCGACGAGCGAAAUCAAAAAGACUGCAAGAGGCUGAAAUCGAAAAGAUAAAAAUGGCUGCGAUAAGCAGAGCUGGUGGUGCUCAACUCUAUAUGGGAUAUUUCCACCCAAGUCUCAUGGGUGGUGCAAUGCAUUUGGGAUAA